AUGGAGAGGAACGCUACAUAUUUUAGGAGCUUCUUGGAGAGCUCUCUGCUGGAAAACAUCAAGCCACUGAGUGGGGGCCUCAACAAGUCCAUUCUCCAUACCCGAGAUGAAGUACUUGCUAAGGCUGAGAUUGGGAUUCUGGCUGCUAUCCUGGCAGUGACUGUUGUGGGAAACCUGUGUAUCCUUCUGGCCAUGUAUCGCCUUCGGAAGAAGAUGAGCCGGAUGCACCUUUUCAUUCUUCACCUGGGAUUGACAGACUUUGGGGUGGCCCUCUUCCAGGUAUUCCCCCAGAUGAUUUGGGAAAUGACCUAUCGUUUCCAGGGUCCUGAUCUACUCUGCAGGGUUGUCAAAUACCUGCAGGUACUAAGCAUGUUUGCCUCUACAUACAUGCUCAUUGCCAUGACACUGGAUCGCUACAUGGCUGUGUGCCACCCACUGCGUACUCUACGGCAGCCAACCUGCCAAGCAUAUCUAAUGAUUGGAGUCACUUGGCUACUAAGUUGCUUGCUUAGCAUACCUCAGCUCUUCAUCUUCUCAAUAAGGGAGGUCCACCAAGGUUCUGGUCUGCUGGAUUGCUGGGCAGAGUUCAAAUACCCUUGGAGCGCAAAGGUGUACAUUACAUGGAUGACUUUGUGUGUCUUUGUACUGCCGGUGGUCAUCCUCUCAGUUUGUUAUGGCCUGAUCUGUCAUAAGAUCUGCAAGAAUCUUAGAGGAAAGACACAAAGGUGUGGUCUCUCUGCAGCGGAUGCCAUCUCAUACACAGCCAGAUACACUGAUCAGAAUGGAGUAGAAGGGUGUCAUUCUGGCUCCCGGGUUAGCAGCGUGCGUACCAUCUCCCGUGCCAAGAUCCGCACAGUAAAGAUGACUUUUGUCAUAGUGAUGACCUAUGUUGCUUGUUGGGCACCUUUCUUCAGUGUACAGAUGUGGUCAGUGUGGGAUAAGAAUGCACCAAAUGAGGAGUCAAGCGACGUGGCUUUUACCAUUACCAUGUUGCUGGCCAGCCUGAGUAGCUGCUGUAAUCCCUGGAUUUACAUGUUUUUCAGUGGGCAUCUCUUUUAUGGUGUCCUCCACUUUUUCUCCUGCUGCGGAAGUCUUCGGUCCAAUCUCAGGAGGCAGCAGUCUAAUGGCAGUCUCUGCAGCCAUAAAACUACCAUCUUGAGCCACAGUCCUCAGAGCACUGCAGAGCCGAAUGCUGCUCGGAUCCAGAUGCAAUUGGGAAAUAUUAAAGAAUUCUACCAGCCUUAUGAAGAUACAGUGAUUGAUUCAGGGAUACUUUAAAAUAAUGGAUUGGUAUAAUGACAAUGAAUGAUACUGUAAUCCCAUAAUCUGGUAUUUUGAAACAAGUAGGAAUAGUAGAAUAAUAUAGUGGCCCUGUAGGAUAUGAAACAUAGCACACUGUAUAUAAAAUAAAUCAGGCCUGGUUCAUUUCUGUUUAAAGACCGUUCUGAAUUAUAGUUUUGUCUCUGUUACAGGCAGUGCUAUCUUGUUACUGAUUGUACUAAACAGUUUAUAUGUUUUAAAUUACAUUUUAUGGGCCACCUAAUUUCAAAUAUACAACUCUAAUUUCAAAUAUAUGAAUGAAUAUAUGAAGGUAAGGUUUUCAGGUUUUUCCUUUCUCCAAUUAUUUUUAAAACCUUAGUUUUUUUCUUGCUCACAAGACCCUCCUAUGCCUAUACUAAAGUGAUGUAUUGAUUAGUAGCAAUUUAAUUUACCUGGUUUCUCAUCUAAUUAAGAAGAAAAUUGUUUUGCUUUAGACUGCUGAAAAUUGUAUGCUUCA